GCUCCGAUGGCCCCUACGCAUUUACGCAGAAACUGUUCCAGCCAGUGCAAACAGUGAACUCGCCACAAAUACAACUGUUGUUAUGGAACACGCGAUCACGAUGACCGACUCGGACACACGGACCCAGAUUGACCACACCCAUGACAUUCUGACAGCCAAUCUGCCUCAUCCCGGUCAAGCCAAACCCGACCCACGGCUGCAGCAAGCAGUGAACGAGGCGUGUCGCAUGCAUCAAGUUACUCCCAUCCUCAAGGAAGAACUGAGAGCAGCGAUAAUGUUGAGGCGACUGUCAAGCGGUCAAGGGGAGAUAACCCACGAGGAGACACACUCGCAGGUGUACGAGUUGACAGCCGACGAGGUGGCGAAGCAGGAACGGAGACGUGCACAGAACCGCGUGGCAGCACAAAGAUGUCGGAAGAAGAAACGACAGGAACAGGACAAAUUCCUUCAGUUAUUCUCAGAGCAAAACAACAAGCGACAAAAACUGGAGGAAGAAGUGUCUGAACUACGAGAGGAGAAGCGCCGCCUGGAGGCCAUGCUUGUACACCACAUGCUGACACGCGCAUGUCAUAAAGGUCACGUGACACCUCCCCAGAAUGUCCGAUCUGCUUCAUUUUCCCCGGGGAUCUCAAGUCACUCGUCAGAGGAUGAGAGCUUCUAUGACUUCUUUCAGGAUGACACUAAGAAAUUCCUUCCUGUCGAAACAUCGGUGAACCUGCUCUCACACGACCUUGAGUCUGAGCUACCGGGAGAAGAAAGCUCCAUGAUAUACAACCUCGACAAUCGCCAUUUCUUGGCCGAUCUCAGUAAUGACUAGAGACUUUUGUAGUUAGUUGUGCUGCUGUUUACAAUACCUGUACCUCAUUCAAAUCCUCUAUUUUGUAACAAGGGAGUUUGUUACCGCAUUACACAGUGAUAUUAAUCGCCAGGUGCGAUGUUGUUUAUGUAUAUGCAAAUGUUUAGUUUGGAAUGCGAUAUCUGACGAGUGGCUGAUUUUGUGAGAGUUUCAGAGAUGGAUUAAACUGUUUAUUACCGAA